AUCUGCUCAUCCGGGUCAGACCUAUAGAAUUAGAGAAAGAGAGAAUUCUUUAUUUCCAUAUAGAAUUCUAUAGCUUUGGCUCUGUCCGGGCGCUCCGGUUUCCGGCUGCGGGCUCUGUGUACUCAGUUCGAUAUUUUUACCUUUUUCAGAUCAUGCAAUGCAGCAAAUUGUUAAUUCGUCUGCAAACUUACCGUUGUAUAUUUGUAAAAAUGUAAACAUUGAGAAAAACUUUCUGUCAGUGGAUUUAUCGGAAAUCCUUGUAGAAAUAAACAAAUCUAUUUCAUUGCUUACAAUCAGUUCUUCUCAUACAGCGCAAUAAUGGCGAAUUGCUACAAAAAAUGGUCCCCGUAUGCAGGACAUUACAAUCCUAUAGAGGUAGGAAGUAAAGAUGGAAAAGAUAUUGAACCACACGAUAAUGCAAUUGUUAGAGCUUGCAAUGCCUUGUACCAUCCAAAUCACCUUCUAACUAACAACCCACAAACAACAUUAUUUAUUGGAAGACUAGAUAAGAACGUAACCGAAAAAGAUUUAGAAGAUGUGUUCAUCAAGUAUGGCAAAUUAAAAAAUGUAACUGUUGUACGAGAUGUUGUUACUGGAUACUCCAAAAGAUAUGGUUUUGUUGAAUUCAAAAACAAACAUGAUUGCCACGAAGCAAGAAGUGAACUGCAUCAAACAGUUUUAAAAGGGAAAAAAAUAUUAGUCGAAUUUGAGUGUCAACAAACUCUUCCUGGAUGGAUUCCUAGAAGGCUUGGUGGUGGCUUUGGUGGGAAGAAAGAAUCUGGACAGUUGAGGUUUGGUUGUCUUGAUAGACCCUGGAAGAGGCCAGUCCAAGUUGAGUUGAAUUGUAGUAAAACACCAACCUGUGACACACAUAAGCAUGCCAAUAAGUAUAGAACGGAAUCCGAAAGACUACCUCGGAACCUGCAUGAAACUAAAGAUGGAAGACGAGACAAGUCCCGGUCAUAUUUGAACAGAAAUCAGGCCAAGAGAUAUGGUAGCGAAGAUUCUUCAGAAAAUCCGAAACGUCGAAAAACUUAAUUUAAAUGAUUUAAUGUUGAACUUUAACAUCGGCGCGGUUGAAGUAAACAAUUUUUUUUUCUGA